AUGCCCCCAAAGCUCAUAAUCUUUGACUUCGACGGCACGCUCUUCGACUCCCUCAACGCAAUAACCACCUCCGUGCAGCUAACCUUCGACAAACUCCUCCCCUCUUACACCCCAGACCCAGCCGAACUCAACAGACUGAUCUCCAUCGGCGCGCCACCAGAGAUAACAUUCAAGGCCUUGCAACCCCCCGAUGAAAGAAACGCUUCGUUCAACGAAGAAACCUGGGUGACGACUUACCGAAAAAUCUACUCGGAGCACGGUCACCCGCUCACGACGCCGUACCCCGGCGCAAAGGAAGUCCUGGUUAAGCUGCGCGAUGCCGGGAUUCAACUCGCGAUAAUCAGCAACAAGGCUGUGGCUGCCAUUCACUCCGCGCUAGCGAGCCACGGGCUGGGCGGCCUCGUUCCCGACGAGCUGAUUGUUGGCGAGCCGAUGUUUACUGGCGGGAAGAGGAAGCCGCAUCCUGAGGGGUUUAGCGAGGUGCUGUUGCCGAGGCUGAAGGCUGUAUAUGGGGAGGAGGCGUGUGCGUAUGGUGAGGGGGAGGUGUUAAUGGUUGGAGAUACGGUCACGGAUAUUCUGUUUGCGAGGAAUAUUGGGGCGAGGGUCUGUUGGUGUCGGUUUGGGCAGGGGAAUGCAGCUAAUUGCGAGAGGGAGAAGCCGGAUUCUGGGAUUGAUCGGUUGGUAGAUGUUCUCGGGGUUGUGGAUGGGAUGGAGGUUAUAUAG